GACAAUCUGUUCCGCAUGCGCAUUUCCUCGCCCCCGCCUUACCUCCAAGCUGUUCUGGGGUUCAGAGCGCAUGCGGAAACGGGGAGUGAAAGGAAAGGAGCGCUCGCCGGGGCGCAUGCGCACCUGGCAGUGCUGGAGGGCGGGGCGGUGAGAUGGCAGCGGCGGCUGCACGGGCGCUGUGGCGGGGUUUGCAGACAGAAGUCAUCAGUCAGUUUCCUUACUCGACCUGAUCGUCCAAAUCUAGCUUACCAUAAGCUAAAAGGCAAGAACCCAGGCGUUGUUUUUCUCCCAGGUCUUAAUUCAAAUAUGAAUGGUCACAAAGCAAUUGCACUUGAGGAAUUCUGCAAAUCUUUAGGUCAUGCCUAUGUAAGGUUUGACUAUACAGGAUGUGGAAGCUCAGAUGGUAAUCUUAAGGAAUGUACAAUUGGGAAGUGGAGAAAAGAUGUUCUGUCAGUACUGGAUGAACUCACAGAGGGACCACAGAUUCUCGUGGGAUCCAGCUUGGGUGGAUGGCUGAUGCUUCAUGCUGCAAUAGCGCGCCCUGAAAAAGUAGCUGCUUUAGUUGGAGUAGCUGUAGCUGCAGACUACGUCAUAACAACUUUUAACCAGCUUCCUGUUGAGGUAAAAAAAGUAGUAGAAGAAAAAGGUGAAUGGAAGCUGCCAACAAAACAUAACGAAGAGGGCUUUUAUUGUUUGACAUACGAUUUCAUUAAAGAAGCAGAAAACCAUUGUCUCUUAGCUAGUCCUAUUCCCAUAACUUGCCCUGUAAGACUUAUCCAUGGCAUGAAGGAUGAAGAUGUUCCUUGGCAUAUUUCCAUGCAGGUUGCUGACCGUGUCUUGAGCAAAGAUGUUGAUAUCAUCCUCCGCAAAGCUGGCCAACACCGGAUGAAAGAGAAAGAUGACACAAAGCUUCUUGUGUACACUGUUGAUGAUUUGAUCGAUAAGCUGUCACACUCAGUAUGAGUUGCAUGGUAAAACAAAUGCAUGAGUACUCGUGGCUCUCUUCUGUGUUAACUGAAAAUGUCUUUAACGGCAGUGGAACACUGCUGAAUCAGGAAAGGUGCAGAUGCUAUGAACAAAAGGAACUGAAGCUUUAACUGUUGUUUCCUUUACCUCUGUUUUGUAAAAAAAGGUAUUUUUUAAAUGCUGCAUUUGCACAAAUAGUAGAAAAUGUGAAGAAACUGCUGCUGUUUGUUUGGAAACUUCUCCCCCACCUCAGAUCUGUGACUUUUUUCACAAGUUUCCUACACUAUUUUUUAUUGAAAUAUGUUUAUCUUUCUUAGAUUUGUGCCAAUGCUUAUUUUUCUACUAUUUGACCUGUACAAGUUAUUUUUACGUUCACUUCACACACUUCAAAUAUUGUGCUUUAUGCUGUAACGUUCUUAUUUGAGUCCUGAAACUUUUAUGCAAGUUUUUUGGCUCAUUUAAAAAAAAUACAGCUGAAAUGUUUAAUGAGAUUUGUGUCUUUGAAUAUAGAAUGAGUCAACAUGAAGCAUAAUUAAAAAAAAACAACAAAAAACAAGCUUCAAAUAUAAGGUGGUAUUUUUUUGUUGCUGCUUAUUAAACAAAAAAGAAAAGAAAAGCCCUGGUUAACAAAAUAAUGCUCUUAGUGUCUUUGUGCCUGGGAUGUAAUAUGAUGAGCAAGUUGGACUUUGUGGUGCUAUACUACUUAAUCAUCAUAGCCCUGAUGCACCACUCGGAUAGGAAUUGCACGACUAUUAUUUUAUGACUUUAGAAUAGCUAGCUCUCUGCCCUAACAUUCUGCACAACAUACAGGACUGAAAUUCACGGUAUUUCUGCUUUUGUUAGUCUUUCAUUUUGAGGCAGGAAUGAAGCGAAUAGACCAAUGCUUGUUCCCAACAUCAUGCAUAAAAUUGAAUGCACACACUAACACUUGAAAAAUUGCAUUUUCUGACUGAUUUGUCUCUAGGGAAUAAUAUCUACUCAGUUAAAAUUAUAACUUUAGUUAUUACAUGAGUCAACUCUACACCACUUCCUGUUUGUUAAACUGCUUACUUAAGCAGUGUUAAAACAAAGCCAAAGUUUUGUCAGUGUUAUGCUUUUUGGCUUCACUUUCCCCAGUUAUUCAUUACAGUGAAUAUUAAUUUGGCAUGCACGCUUGGAGAAAGCACAAGGAAGGAUUAGGCCUCCAGUACUUACUCUAAUACUGGACUUGAAUACUUCUGUUCAUUAGGUACUAAAUCUGCUUUAUAGACUAAACAUGAUGUAUGCAAAUAUGAACACUGCAGAGCUGAAAUGAAGUUGCAUGUAAAGCAUAUAAAUCAGUAGGUGUCUCACCUGGGGAUUAAAUUAUGAAUGUGUUUGUCAGGUAGGUUAUUUCUCCAGAAAUAAAAUACAUGUGCCAUGAAAUGUCAGAUGAGUUGAUUUAGGUAAUAGGCUGGAAUAACAGAAACCAUGCACUGUUACUGUUUAAUUAGAAAAAUAAUUUGUGACCACUAGUUUAAUUAAUUUUCAAUUAAUAAAUUACUUCAGGAUUACCAAAUAAAGACUAAAGCCACUAGGGGUACCAUAUGCCAAAAGAAUCUCAAGUCUGUUAUAACUUGCUCUAGUUUCUCUUCAAGUCGCAUACAUCUUUUACCUUGGUGUUAACACUGAGAGAAGCACUAAGUGGUUUUUUUUGUUAAGUACUGUUUUGUGAAUCUGUUUCAUCACUAUACAAACAAGAGGUCAUAACUUGCCACUUUCACAGCCCAGCUGGAAGGAGAAAACAUAACUAUAAAUUCAGAGGAAGCAAGGAUACGGUUUACAAUUUAAAUCCCGGUCUCCUGAAUUUCAUAACUUGUUCCUCUGAUCAAAUUAAGAUGUUAAAUAAAACAUGUCUAUUUAUGAUUAAGAACAUUUCAGGAAUUCUGUCUUCCAAAUAGUACUUUUAGCAUUUUUCUUUCAUGCAGUAUAUAUAGCCCCUUCAGUAGGACAACCUCUAAAAAUUGACUUCACCAUUCCUCUACACUUUGAGUGAAAGUUCAGAGGAUAAGGGUGUAUGCAUUCACUCUUCUGGCAUCUUCUGGUGAAAAUUAGCACCUUGUUCAGAAAAUUAUUUUUGUUUUAUAUUGUUGUUUCUAGUACUUGAAAUAUGGAAGUUGAUUGUGAAGUUUCUUUCCUGAAGAGUUUAAAGGGACUCAACCAAAUCAAAACCUGACUUAAACUAUGUUCUACCCUUGAUACAUCUUGGACAACUUUUGUACUCAUAUGCUUAAUAAAUCUCUCUCAGGUUCUUUCACUUCUUUUUUCCUGGCUAUGUUAUACAUCAGAAAGGCGGCAUAAUUCUUGCCAAAAAUGUAGCAACAGACUGAAACAGAUGGACCCCAAUUAUACUUACAUCUUUGGAGACUUUAGUAUGUGAGAAGUAGGAUAAGAAAAGUGAGAUUUUAAAUGUGUCCCUUUAACCUUCCAUUUGUAGCCAUUCUGAUAAGGUAAGGAAGAGAGAAUGUCCAUUAGAACUAUGCCUAGUCUAACUGUAUAAUGGAAACAUGUUCAACUUUACCUUCCACUGAAACAUUCCUUUCUUAAAAAUGUUCAACUCUACUUUCCACUGAAACAGUCUGUUCUUAAAACUCACCUGUCACUAAUAAAGUAGUGUUGUGUCAGUAAA